AUGUCUCUCAAUCUAGCCAGCACCAUCAAGCUUUCCGAUGGCAGAGCCAUCCCACAGUUGGGACUUGGUGUCUAUCUUUCCAAGGGCAAAGAGGGAGAAGUGGCGAUGCAGCAUGCUUUCAAGCAUGGAUACAGGCAUCUAGAUGGGGCACAAUGGUACCGAAAUGAGGCAGAGAUGGGCAGAGCCUUCAGAGCCAGCGGGCUCAAGAGGGAGGAUGUGUGGAUCACCACGAAGGUUAGUGGGUAGGGGGAGCAGGGGAGCAGAGCUGUGGGCACAUCAUUGUCAUCCGUGCCUUCCAAAGCUCACCGCGAGCGAUUCCCGUACUCUUCACCUCCCCGCGGUCGCUGCACACACACACAGGUAUGGGAUGGUGAGCAGCAGACUUGUGCCAUAAUGUCGAUUUCCUUGCAUCCAGUCUCACAACAUCGUGUGCUUCGCCUCUUCAUAGCUAAUCACGGCUACGAGAAGACUCUGCGAUCGGUCGACGAAUCUCUGGCCGUAGCAAAGCUGGACUACUACGACUUGUUCUUGCUGCACUCUCCCAACCCUGGCCGAGAGCUGAGGUUGGAGGCUUGGAGAGGUCUGAUUGACGCUCAAAAGGCGGGCAAAGUGAAGAGCAUCGGAGUGUCCAAUUAUGGCGUGCAUCAUAUUCGAGAGUUGCUGGAAAAGUAUCCCAACAACCUGCCAGUCGUCAACCAGGUGAGCAUGCCGCUUCUACAGCAUGGCAAUCGAUGCCGCGAAGAGCUUGUUGCUGACGCAUCCGCUGGCUCCUGUUCUGGCGUACAGAUCGAAUAUUCCCCCUUCUUCCAAGUGAGCGAGUCCAAUGACGCCUUUCGUAGACUCUCAUCUCGCUGCUGAUGACCUAAUUUAUUUUCGUCCUCAGCGAAACGAGAUUGUCGAGGAAUGUCUGAAGCACGACAUCAAGAUCCAGUCUUACUCUCCUCUCGGCAAGGGCGCGUUCGUCGAUCUCCCCGAGCUCAAGCAGAUCGCAGAUGUGAGUCGCUCAGCUCCCGGCCUCGGGCACGAAUCGACCUUGCCUUUGUCGUACAUUAGCGGGCCCGUCGUCUUCUCCUGACGCGACCCUGCCUCGUCUUGCACAGGUGCAUCAUAAGACGCCUUCUCAGCUGCUCAUUCGAUACGUUUUGCAAAAAGGCCACAUUGUCCUUCCGAAGUCUGUCACCCCUUCGCGCAUCGAGGAGAACGCAGACGUGUACGACUUUGAGCUGUCGGGACAGGAGAUUGCUAAAUUGGACGCUCUGGAGACUGGCAGUGGAGUCACCUGGGAUCCUACCAAAGCGCCUUGA